GCGGUGCAUUGUGGGAGUAUCCGGAUCCUCUGCAGCACCAGGGACAGCGCCGGAGCCGGGACACGCUGGAGACUGAGGGCUGCCGGGUCACCAGGACGCCCGGAACUCAUCUCCCCGGGUCAAUGAGCCCCCCGGCGCCGCCCUCAGCCCAGACCCGGCAUAAAUUCCGGGAAGGACCGGAGCCGAGCGGUCAAUGUCUCUAUUAGGUCUGGGGCAGGGCGAAUCCUUUCUGGGUGGCCCAUGCAGUGUUUAGCGGCUGUUAUCCGGGACGACGGAAACAUGAGUGGUGGAGCCGAACAAGCAGAUAUCCUGCCGGUCAGCUACGUUGUGAAGGACCGCUGGAAAGUGCUGAAGAAGAUUGGCGGUGGAGGGUUUGGAGAGAUCUAUGAGGCCAUGGAUUUGCUGACUCGGGAGAAUGUUGCCCUGAAAGUGGAAUCAGCACAGCAACCUAAGCAAGUUCUGAAAAUGGAGGUGGCUGUCUUAAAGAAGCUUCAAGGAAAGGACCAUGUGUGCAGGUUUAUUGGCUGUGGAAGAAAUGAGAAGUUUAACUAUGUCGUCAUGCAGCUUCAGGGCCGGAAUUUGGCCGAUCUGCGCAGGAGUCAGCCCCGCGGCACCUUCACAAUGAGCACCACUCUGCGCCUUGGGAAACAGAUUCUGGAGUCCAUAGAUUCCAUUCACUCCGUGGGCUUCCUGCACCGUGACAUCAAACCUUCUAAUUUUGCCAUGGGACGACUCCCCUCCACGUACAGGAAGUGCUACAUGUUGGACUUUGGUUUGGCACGGCAAUAUACCAACACCAACGGGGAGGUUCGGCCGCCUCGAAACGUUGCUGGAUUCCGAGGGACCGUCCGAUAUGCGUCUGUCAAUGCACACAAGAACAGGGAGAUGGGGCGACACGAUGACUUGUGGUCCUUAUUCUAUAUGCUGGUGGAGUUUGCAGUGGGUCAGCUGCCCUGGAGGAAGAUCAAGGAUAAGGAGCAGGUGGGGAUGAUCAAGGAGAAGUACGACCACCGGAUGCUGCUGAAGCACAUGCCGUCCGAGUUCCAUCUCUUCCUGGAGCACAUCUCCAGUCUGGACUACUUUACUAAGCCAGACUACCAGAUGAUCAUGACUGUGUUUGAGAACAGUAUGAAGGAACGUGGAAUAACCGAGAACGAGGCCUUUGACUGGGAGAAAGGAGGGACAGACAUUUUGUUGUCCACCAGCACGUCUACGCCUCCGCAGCAGAACACCCGACAGACAGCCGCCAUGUUUGGGGUAGUUAAUGUGACACCGGUGCCAGGGGACUUACUCCGUGAGAACACUGAAGAUGUCCUCCAGGGAGAGCACCUCAGUGACCAGGAAAAUGCGCCUCCUGUCCUUCCUGGCCGGCCAGCAGAUUUCUCUGGGCAGGUCCCCAAUGUCGGCUUCAAUGACACUGAGGUCUGGGAGGAGACAGAUGUGAAUCGGAACAAGCUAAGGAUUAGUAUCAGCAAGACACAAUGCCUGAUGGAAGACGAACACAGUCGACAUGGUUGUCCUAGUUCUCCUGUCCGGGCUCCUCCAGAAUCUCCCACCGCACAGGUCCGCUCCCUGCGUUACAGGCGUGUCAAUAGCCCUGAAUCUGAGCGGCUGUCCACGGCUGACAGAGCUGAUCUCCCGGAGAGGAGAUCUCGCAUGGAUCUGCCUGGAUCUCCGUCACGCCAAGUAUGCUCCUCACAGCCCGCUCAGAUGCUGUCCAUUGAUACGGGUCAGGUUGACCGACAAGCCAGUGGGCGUAUGGAGGUCUCAGCAUCCGUGGAGCAUGAAGCCCUGAGCAAUGCCUUCCGCUCUGUGCCACUCGCAGAGGAGGAGGACUUUGACAGCAAAGAAUGGGUGAUCAUUGACAAAGAGACUGAGCUGAAGGAUUUCCACCCCGGGGCAGAGCCCACGACUUCAGGCACAACAGAUGAGGAGCCUGAGGAACUGCGUCCCUUGGAUGAUGGGGAGGAGAGACGGAAGCCUGGCGGGGCAGAUGCAGCGGUCAGGCCAAAAGUGCAUGAAGUAAGGCCCCGAACCAUGCAGACUGUGGCUGAGGAAGAGACAUCCUCCCGAAAUGAGGGCUCCGAGAACAGGGCAGAACCCCCACCGGCCAGUCCGUCCCACUCUCAUUCUGCAUCCGCAACACGACAGCGAAGGAGGGAGUCUGAUCCCACUGGACCUCAGAGACAGGUCCUCAACCUGAAGCACUUUGAUAUUCCUGGAUUGCCGAUGGUGGUGCCUUUAAGCUUGUCUUACCAAGACUUUAAGAAAGACAUUUCAGAUAGCAAAGAAUUGCUGCGUGUUCCACACAGGAUGAAGAAGGUGGACUUCUCCAGUGUGGUGGUGCCAACUGUGCAUGCCCCAGAACCCCACAUCAUCAUCAAUGGUGGAUGUCCACGGGACGAAGAACCAGAGGAGGAGACCGAGGAAGAGGAGGCUGAGCUUCUGGGGGAGGACGUAGAUCUCCAGAGUGGCUCCAGCAGUGAUGUCAGCCAGAAAAGUACAGAGAGGAGUCAGGAAGCGGCUCCUUCUACAUUAUUGGCAGAUGACCAGAAGGAUUCCCGAGGAAGAGCCUCCACCGCGGAGAACGACCUAGAACUAGAGGAAGGCUCCAAGACCUUAGUACUGUUCUCUCCUGGAGACAUGAAGAAGUCACCAGUCACUAAUGAACUGCUGCCAGACCUCGACCUGGGAACUCUUGCUGCAUUGACACCUCAAGGAGAGAGACCCCAACCCACAGGCAGUCAGCUGGAUGUAUCGGAACCAGGAACUUUAUCUUCCAUACUUAAAUCAGAACCAAAACCACCGUGCAUCGCCGCUGCCACUGCUGCCGCCUCAUCCCCCUUUACCAAAGUCGAACGAACAUUUGUUCACAUUGCUGAAAAGACUCAUCUAAAUGUUAUGUCUUCCACUGGGCAGCUGAUGAGAUUGGAGGAACAUCCGGCCAUUAUGGAGGAGACUGAAGAGUUCACGAGACAGAGGGGAACCACUACCUCUACUGUGGGAAUAGUGGAGAUCGACUCCUGUGCACCAUUACUAAGUCACCAGAAAGUGGAAGAAGAUCAGGAGCGGGAUCUACAUGAAGCCAACGGAGUGAGCAAAUCUGAGGAGCAGCUGGAGAAAGACCUUCUGAAUGAUGACACCGAAAAGAUUGUGCUUUCCACCCAUCGCCUUAACAACACCGCCCCAGGCACCAGCAAGGCUCGCACUAUGGCUGCGGGGGGACGCUUUAGAAGUCGCAUCCCUGUAUUCCUCUCAGAGGAGGACACAGGAUCAGAUAAGACUAUGUCCAACUCUACCAAAGAGAGGUUCCAGAAGAGAACAAAGCAACUGGAUCUCGCUCGUUUUGUGAUGGAGAAAAGGCAGAUCCGACUCCAGCGCUUGGCCUCAGCAGGUUCAUCAUCUGCCUCAUCUAGUGAAGACCGGAGGAGAACAUCUGAGACCUUGUCUACAACCGGCUCUGAAGAAGACACACAUGAGCUGGACGACUCCAUCCCCAGAAAGGUCGGGAGACCAAAACCCUUGUGUGUGAGAAAGGAGGAGAAUGUGAAGAGUAGGAUCCCCCGUCCCAUCACACCGGUGAAGGAUCUACGGCUGAAGGGUCCCCCGUCCCCAAGUGUCAGCAAACUGAAGGAAUCUACAGGGGCUCUGAGGUACCAUCCUCCACGAGUAACUCUUGGUGGUGCUAUUGGGCUCUCCCCUGACCAUAAGCCUAAAUCGCUACAUAUGAGGCUUCCCCCUCUUUCAAGUCCAACACCUUCUAGAACCAAUGUACGGAGGGUCAUUCGUGGACCACCCAAGAGUCCAGUGGUCCCAGUGCGAACAGUCAGCGCAUCGCCACGAAGCCAGUCUCUCUCAAGAACGGAAAGUCCAUCACCGUCCAGGCAGAAAAGACCAGUUACCACAACGCCCCCGGUACAACCCUCUCCCAAACCUCGGGCCCAGGUCCCUGGUGAGUGUCCAGCAACACCUGCAAUUGCGAGAAAGGGACAAAGACUGAAGGUGCAAGUGCCGACUCUGGCAACCAAAGCCAAGCAGGGAACAAGCAAUGGGCGAGGCAAUGGCAGAUAAUGGCCGCCCGGUGCAGGGCCAAACUCGCCUCACUCCAGCUCAGUUAGGGAACAUUGCUCUUCAUUCAACCUGUGCUACACAAUAUACACAAUCCGAGCCGGGGAUUGUACGAUGGGGCGGAGAUCUGCUCAGUCCAAGCCAAGAAUUGUACAAUGGGGCGGAGCUCUGCUUGAUCCAAGGUGAGGAUUGUGCGAUGGGGCGGAGCUCUGCUUGAUCCAAGGCGAGGAUUGUACGAUGUGGCGCAGCUCUGCUUGAUCCAAGGCGAGGAUUGUACGAUGGGGCAGAGCUCUGCUUUAUCCAAGGCGAGGAUUGUACGAUGGGGUGGAGCUCUGCUUUAUCCAAGGCGAAGAUUGUACGAUGGGUGGAGCUCUGCUUGAUCCAAGGCGUGGAUUGUACGAUGGGGCGGAGUUCUGCUUGAUCCAAGGCGAGGAUUGUACGAUGGGGCGGAGCUCUGCUCGAUCCAAGGAAAUAAUUGUACGAUGGGUCGGAGCUCUGCUUGAUCCAAGGCGAGAAUUGUACGAUGGGGCGGAGCUCUGCUUGAUGAAAGGCGAGGAUUGUACGAUGGGGCGGAGCUCUGCUCUUCACAUACCAAUUAUUUUAUUUUCACAUUCAAAGUCUGUUGCUGAUAUCGAGAAUUACAAAACUACAGCAAAAAUCUGAAGGACAACAAUGAGCGGCCCAUAUUCACUGUGCGGGACUGCGGAGGGAGGAGCAACGGGCCAGCGGAGCCGCCAUGUCCAUGCUUCUGGCCUAUGCCCGUCUGUAGACUGUUAGCAAUGUAUAGCUGCAGUCUUCAGCACGCACCAAUCAUAUCCUGUAUAUAGUAUGUGACAAUGCUAUGCAUAUCUACAGCGGAGAAGCUUCCAGGGAUGUGACCACCCAAGGGCUGAGCACAGGCGGCCACUCCGGGGUUCAUGCCGCAACACCGAGCGCGGUCCACUACAUCCACUCAUUCUGGUUUAGUUUGGGGGCACCACAAUAUACCACAGUGCAGCACAAAGUCAUGGGGUCCAGGGUGGGGGGCGUUUCUUAGGUCACACGGGGUCAGAGGAAACGUCUAAAAUAGUUUACACACCGCAACCAGAUUGUAACAAUCCCCAUGUGUGCCCAACCCACGCGCAUGUCACGGGAGAGGCGGCCGCCGCAUGAACCACCGAGAUCUGAGGAGGAGCGGCCGCACGCAACGCUUCUUAUAUCCACACCAUUUAUCAUGAAUAAAGCCUGCUAUACCACA